AUGCCUUUAAGUGAUGACAUUCGCGUUGUGGUGGCUAUCGAUUUUGGAACUACUUAUUCCGGAUUCGCAUUUGCUCAUAAAGCCAAUCCUAAAGAUAUCAUAACACAAGAUUAUUGGAAUGGACGCGAAGGAGAAGGAUUGUUUAAAACGCCAACGGUCAUAAAAUAUGAUGAUUCCUACGAAAACGUAGAAUCGUGGGGUUUAUCCGCAUUGACAAAAAAAUCACAUAGGUCUUUUCAAACCUCAUCAAAACCACUCAAGUGGUUUAAACUAUAUUUAUUGGGAAGUGCGUUAACAUACGAAAAACCAUUCUUACCAGAUGUAUUGGAUUAUAAACAAGUCAUUACAGAUUAUUUGGAAAAGUUAGGUGAAGGUAUUAAAAGUAGGUUAAAAAUGCAUUGGAACGAUGUGGAAUUUGAUAAACAAGUUGUAGUUGUUCUAACGAUCCCUGCAGAAUUUGAUGACGAUGCGAUUGCAAUCAUGCGUAAAUGUGCGUUUAAUGCGAAAUUGAUUCCAACGGAAUAUAGUCAAAAUUUGAAAUUUACAACAGAACCCGAAGCUGCAGCGAUUAACUCCAUGGAUACCCUAAAAAAUGAACAUAAAUUGGGACCAGGAGACUUGUUCAUGGUGGUUGAUUGCGGCGGUGGCACAGUAGAUUUAACAACGCAAGAAUUAUUAAACGACGAUGAAUUAAAUGAAAUAACAGUACGUACUGGCGAUGAUUGUGGUUCAUAUAAUAUAGACCGGUCAUUCAUAGAAUUUCUUGGUGAUAAAGUCGGAAAGUCUGCCAUGGAUCUCUAUGAGAAAGAUCAUUACGUUAAUCUACAAAAUAUCGUACAAAAUUUCUUGGGUGGAUUCGGCAUGUCUAAAUACUUACAAAGUAGAAUUAGAAAAAAAUUUUGGGAAGAUGACGUGCCAAAGAUUUCUGUGCCUGAUCUACCUAUUAUAUCUAUUAUGAGAGGAGCUGUCAAAUAUGGUCUUACAGGAAAAAUUAAGAAACGCGUAUUGAAAUGGACUUAUGGUACUAUCGCAGUAAGAAAAUGGGAACCGACUGAUCCAUUGGAAUUAAAACUUCCAAAUGGAUAUAUAAAAGUUUUUGAAAAACUUGCGGAAAGGAGCCAUCAAGUUUCAACGGUUGAAGAAGUUACCAGAUUUUUUAAACCAUAUUCAUUAAGUCAACAAAAAAUGAAUAUUGAUAUGUAUAUUACAACAUUAAAUGAUGCAAAAUAUUUACGAGAUGUAAAGCUAUUUCGAAAAUGGGAAGUUAACUUGACAGGGGUAGAUGAUUAUGAUGAUGAUAAUACAAUUACAUUUACUUUGAAAUUUGGUGAGAUGGAAAUGUUUGCUACUGCUAAAAAUAAGGCUGAAGACGUACAGCAAGUUACUUUUAAAUAUAAUUUAGAAGCACCUUUAAAUAAAAUGUCUGGUAUAAUAAGGUCGGAAACAUUGUAA